CUUCACAGGGCAUGCGAGGACUCAUGUACUCCGUAAUGUACGACGCACAGAAGCACUGUAGCCCGCAUCACGAGCCGCCAUUCAUGACCAGCUCCAUGGGGUAGGAUAAGGCAACACUGACUGACACUGGAGAGGUAAGAUCCAGGUCAUGCCUGUAUCGUAUCGUAUCGCAUUGAUUGACUCGGCUGUAUGUACAUGUACCUUAAGCUCUGCGUCCUGCUCCGCGACAGGCUCGUGUAUUCGAUACACGCAACUCGCGGUAAAAGCCCCUUGUAAAUCCAGAGCCUCUGCAUUAUCGCAUAUCACCGACAGGCUUGCUUGGCUGCGCGUCUGGCCUGCCGGCUUGCAUGAGGCCGCGAGUCGCAAUUCGUUGCCGCCAGCGUCACUGCAUGACACCAUCUGGGGCUCCUUUUUUUCUCCUUCUUCCCUCUUCCACCAUCACAGCAUCACUCACCUAUCACGCAGACAGGCGCGCCUCACUGCUCCCUUGUCCAUGUCGCCAGCGCUGCGCUCCCCCCCCACACCCAUCUUUCGCUCGUCCAUUCGAGGGGUUGCAAAGUGCCAGCCAGCGUGGAGAAGAAUUCAAGUCAGGAGGAUGGAGGGGGUGGAAGGGACAGACACUAAGAACCAAGGGACGCCAGCUUGUGUGGCUUCUGGUUGGCAGAAAAAGGGAAUCUAGACAACAUGCCACUUAGCCCGUCAAACCACCACUAGAUCCAGGAACAGGUGUCGUCGACUCAAGCGGGCCAGCGAGGCUGUGGGAAUAGGCCAUGAGGUCUCCAUGAGGUCUGGGGUGAUUGGACGGGGCCGGCCUGUC